AUGUCUGUCAAAUUGGUUGCUGUUGGUGAUGGAGCAGUUGGUAAAACAUCCAUGUUAAUUUGUUAUACAAAAAAUGAAUUUCCUGAAGAAUACAUUCCAACAGUAUUUGACAAUUAUAGUACAACAGUUACUCUAGGAGAUGAAGUUAUUUCAUUAGCUAUUUGGGACACUGCAGGUCAAGAAGAAUAUGAGAGUAUUCGACCAUUAUCUUAUCCAUCAACAGAUGUGUUUUUAUUAUGUUAUAGUGUUGUUCAACAAUCUUCAUUAGAUAAUAUAGCAGAGAAAUGGUUACCUGAAGUUAAACAUCACUGUCCUUCAAGUAGAACAUUAGUUGUUGGUUUAAAAACAGAUUUAAGGGAUAGUGUUGAAGAAAUAAAGAAAUUAGAAGCUAAAAAUCAAAAACCAAUAUUUCCUAACGACGUUCAAGAAUUUAUUAAAGAAAAUAAUAUUGAAUGUGAUGGCUUUUGUGAGUGUUCUGCUAAAACACAAAAAGGAUUGAAAGAGGUAAUGAUUCAAGCAGUGAGAGUUUGUGUUGGUAAUGGUCAUACUAAAACAUCUACACCAACCCCAGAUAAAGAUAAAUUAAAGAAAAAAAGUAAAAGUUCAAAAGAAAGAAAAUGUUGUGUUUUGUUGUAGAGAAAUAAAAUGGUUCCGAAAAUCAAGUAUUCUUUUUUCUGAAUAUCAUUUCACAUAAAUACACUGUUGUUUCUGUU